AUGUUUAAAAGCGACAGUGGAGAGCCUGUCUACAGGAUAGUCAAAAAAGUGGGGGAGGGAACAUUUGGAAAGGUGUACAAGGGAAAAGAAACAGCAACGAACAAGAAAGUAGCACUAAAAAAGAUAAAGCUAAAGAACGAGCAGGAUGGAGUCCCUGUCACUCUUAUUAGAGAAAUCUCGAUCCUCAAGGCGCUAUCUCACAAAAACAUAAUCAACCUACUGGACAGCUUUAUUCAAGACAGAGACAAAGUCCACAACUUCAAAAAAACAUCGUACAGCAUAUUCCUUGUUUUUCCUUUUAUAAAGACCGAUCUUCUGGCGCUAAUUAAAAGAAAACAAAUAGAAGUAAAAGAUGCCAUUAGCUACACCGAGCAAAUACUCCAGGGUCUGGCAUACAUUCACAGUAAGCACAUACUUCACAGGGACAUAAAACCAUCGAACAUUCUUGUGAGGUCUGAUAAGACUGUGAAAAUAGCGGAUUUUGGUCUUUCCAGAACAACAAUUGACGAGAACAUGACGCGGGGCACAGUAACCAGAUGGUACAGAGCGCCGGAGCUCCUACUGGGCUGUUCCAGGUACGAUAACUCCAUUGACGUGUGGGCGCUUGGGUGCGUCAUUGGGGAGAUGCUCUUGAGCAAGCCGUUGUUUGUCGCAGAGUCUGAGAUGGAUCAGCUAUCUGCUAUAUCCUUCAUGUGCGGAGAAAUAAAAACAGAAGUGUUUAAAAAGAACAUGGUAAUGGAGAGUUUGAACAAAGUAAUAUUUGGAAAGAGCAAAAAAGCAAAAAUAAGAGAAACAUUCAUAAAGCACAGUGAGCUGCUUGCUUUCCUUAUAGAGAGCAUGCUAAAGAUAGCCCCAGAUAAAAGAAUAACAGCAGAAGAUGCCCUAAAGUUCAUUCAAAGCGCUAUAAGCAUCUAG